CAUUUCCAGAAAAUGGCUUUUUCGAUGGGAGCACAAACUCUGGCUGUUCCAGCAAAGCUAUUUUCGGAGAAUCGAGCUCGUCUGGUUGCCGCACUGAAAAAUAAGGUCAAAGCUGGUAGUGUUGUUUUGCUGAAAGGUGGCGAGGAACAAAAUAGAUACAACACAGAUUCAAUGGAUCUUCCAUUUCGACAGGAAUCGUAUUUUUUCUGGGCGUUUGGAGUACAUGAAAGUGAAUGCUUCGGUAUGAUAGAUAUCGAUUCUGGAAAGUCGCUGCUUUUCCCUCCGCGUCUUCAUCCUGAUUACGCCAUUUGGCAAGGAAGGUACCAUUCUUGA